AUGGCAGGACCCAGGCCUGUAGUACUGAGUGGGCCCUCUGGAGCUGGAAAAAGCACUUUGCUGAAGAAGCUUAUGAAGGAUUAUGAAGGAGUCUUCGGCUUCAGUGUGUCUCAUACUACAAGAAACCCACGCCCUGGUGAGGAGGAUGGAAAAGGCUUGAAUUGUCUCCCAAUGCUUCUGGGAGCUACGUUACUGCCAGUAGCAGACGUCUUAUCUUCUGAGUCAUCUGAAGACUACCAUUUUGUCACAAGGGAGAAGAUGCAAGAAGGCAUUGACAAAGGAGAUUUCAUAGAAAAUGCCGAAUUUUCUGGAAACAUGUAUGGGACAAGCAAGCAAUCCAUUGAGGAUGUUCAGGCCAAAAACCUCAUCUGCAUACUGGAUGUUGACAUUCAGGGAGUGAGAAAUAUCAAGAAGACUGACCUUAACCCCAUCUAUAUCUCCAUCCAGCCUCCAUCCAUGGAGAUCUUGGAAAAGCGUUUGAGAGACAGGCAGACGGAGUCAGAGGAGAGUUUACAAAAGCGUUUGGAGGCAGCAAGGAUUGACAUGGAAUUAAGCAAGGAACCUGGAGUAUUUGACUUGGUCAUUAUUAAUGAUGACUUAGACGAAGCAUAUGAGAAACUUAAAAGUGUUCUUAGUGAAGAAAUCCAGAAGGUUCAGGAUGCCAAGAAGUAA